AUGGUGAAGAAAAUGAAGCUUCUCUCUUUUUUCAAAAACAAAGAUAAAAAAUCAUCUUCACCAAGGGCUUGUCUACAAUGUAGCUACAAACCAAAAACCCUAUCUUUCAGAGAAAACCAACAUAUUCCAGAAACUUCUGAAUGCAUAGCACCAGAAUUUUCUUCUGAGGAUUUUAGUAGUAUUUCAGUUGAAACUAUGAAUAUUGAUGGUUUAAGUCCGGGUCGAUUUUUCUUCGAUCGGGACGAAACAAGAUCAAUAUUUAAGGCGAAAGAAAACAUUAAUGCAUGUGAUGGAUUAAUAACUAGGGCUAGCAGGAAUGAUGAUAAUAAUAAUAAUGAAAGUUUGUCAUUACCAUUUGAAAACACGGUUGAGUUAGCGAUGGAUUCGCAAAACCCUAUAGAAGAUUUCAAAGAAUCUGUUGUGGAGAUGGUGGAGGCUCAUGGUGUUAACGAUUGGGAAAGCUUGGAGAAGCUUUUGAGUUGGUAUUUGGAAGUUAAUGAGGAAAGAAAUCAUGAGUUUGUUAUCGAUGCUUUUUUUGAUUUAUUUGUUAAUAAUCAUGAUUCAUCUGAUUCUUCAUCUUUCUCGAUUCAUAGUUCUUCUUCUUUUGAUUCUUCUUGGAGCACAGCUCGUGUUUCAUGUUAUAGUUCACCUUUGUAA